AUGCGCACAGGUUGGCAUAUCGGCAUGGGGGAAGCAACCGCCCGGGAAGCAACCUCCCCAGCAACCUUUCAGGUUGCAUUGCUUGCAAGGCUUCUGACUCCUAUAAUAUACAUAAAAAAAGUAUAGAUCACUUCAUUUAUGCGCCAUAACAAACCAUUACACGAAUGGAAGGCUGUUCGCUGCAGAGCGUGGUGGCCAACAGGCUCGCCGAAUUGCACGCGCUCUGUCGCGGCGUCGCAGGCAUCCCGGCAGAGCAGGCAGAGCAGUCGCAGGUAUGGCAGGACCAAGCCUCGUGGCGUCUAGCGUUCGUGUGACUGACUUGCAACCCGUGGGCCCUUCGCUACUGCAGGGACGAGGCAAGCGGAAGGACCCUGUAAGUCUGAAGAGAUACAUGCAGUGAUGUGCCUUUUCCUUAGCAUACUGGGUUGCAGGUGACUGUCACGCUGAUGGCGCCGUCUACGCAUGGCAAGACAACCCUAAUCGAGGGCCUGACGGUCGGCACGCUUCCGAACAAGCUGGCGGGCCCCGCCAAGGAUCUCAAAGAGCUCGAGGCAUACAGUGCUUGGCUGAGAUGUGGAGGCACAUGUGGAGAGGGGCAGGUCGAGCCGCACGUGCUCAGCGCCUCCAAGCGCUACUUCACGCCGACCGAGACCAUGAUGGAGCGCUACGACGAGGUGCGCACUGGGGUGGCACGCGUGCGCACCUACAAGCUGCACGAGGCAUACCAGCACAAGCCGUUUGGGCUCCUGUACCCAGGAAGCAAUCGUGGCUCGGUGGGCAGCGUCGCUCCCGUCCUCAUCGGCGGCUCUGAAUCGGAGUUCCAGGUGCUGGUCAUGCUGGAGCCGCGUGAAGUCAUCUGUGAGCAGCUGGUGCAGUACCUACGGCACGUGGAUGCCGACAACAGGAAUGACAUGUGCCCCAAGCAAGCGGAGCACCUGAAGCGCAUGUGGGAGCUACUCACACCGCCCAAGACCAGCCUGUUCGAGGAGCUGGCGAGCUACCAGUCCGACCCGGAGGACUACAAGCCGCCGCUGCGGGAGGCCUGGGGCCGGCUGCUGGGGAGCUCAUACGUGUUCCGCUCGCAUCCAUCUGCCCCCAGUGGUGCCGGCCAGCAGCAGUCGCCGCGCGAGCGCGACCUGGAGCCGGAGCUCCUCUUUGCAGGCGCCGUGGUGCGCCUGUGCCUGCCGCCAGGCAACGAGUGGGGCUUCGAUGACGACGAGCAGGAGCUGCUGGCGGACCUGUGUGACCAGGACACGAGGGACAAGGGCCCCUGGCGCCUGCUGCUGAGCGCUUCACUGGAGGCCGAACAUUCGCCAGAGCAGCUGCGUGAGGCCCGGGAGGUCUUCCUGCUGUGCCUGCAGCGGCUGCAGAUCUUUGCGCCCAGCGAGCUGCUCAACACCCUGAACCUGGUGAUCGUGGAUUCGAUCGGCUUUGAUGAUGGCAAUGCGCGGCGGCAUGUGCUGCAGCGGCUACUGGAGGAGAACUCCGACAACGUGAUCCUGAUGUUGGAGCGGGAGCUGGGCACGAUGGAACCGGUCUUAAGACACCUGGCCAACAGCCCCUUCAUGCGCAAGUGGGUCAUGGCCCGACUGGACCCGGACCCGGGCCAGGCCAGGCCCAACCUCACCGUUAUGUACUACCGGGAGAAGUCGGGGCACAGCGUGCCGAAGCGGGGCCAGCCAGGCUACGCCGGCAAGGAGUACACGGGCGGCGAGCAGAUCAAGCUGUCGUACCUGCAGCACAUGGGCAGCAGCGGCACCAACUACCUCCGGCCGCAGCUUACCAGCCUCACCAACAAGUCGCGGGCCGCCAUCAGUACCCUGCUGAAGGAGUUUGUCGAGAACCACUCAGACGGCGGGCCGGCUGCGGCGGGCGCGGACGGGGUAAGGACGCGCGUGCAGCGGCUGGUGCAGGAGGUGUCGGUCUUUUAUUCGCUGCCGCUGCUGGGCCAGUCCAUCAGUCUGGAGCUGGAGGCCGCCGUGGCGCAGCAGCACGACGGCGAGCGCACGGCGGCCGCAGGCAGUAGCAGUGCUGCCGGCGGCAGCCGCGGCGGCAGGGGUCUGAGGCCGGCGGCGGGCGGCGGCGCGGGCGGCGGGGGCACUAGCAAUGGGUCAGGGCACAUGGAGCGCGCGACGCAGGUGCCUCCGGAGCAGCUGGCCAAGGCCCUGGACGACACCAACCUGCACGAGCUCCUGGGCACACUGGCGCUGCCGCAGAUGGACGGAGGCGGUGAUGGCGUCGCUGGCACCGCGCAUUGAGGCCUGCAACAGCGCGCUCACCGAGGUGCGUGAAACGCAGUGCGCGGUGACCGAGCUCAGGAGUGCCAAGGCCGAGCUGGAGAAGCUCAACCUGAAGUUCAGGAAGUCAGAUAAAAUUCUCAAGACCGUGGAGGACGAGGCAGGCGGAGACAGUGGUUUC